AUGAGUUGCUCAAUCGUAGUUGUUGAUUGUAAUUCGAGCAGUUGGGGUCAGCUAAUUGAGAAAUGGGGAUCGGAUAAGUUAUUGAAGAAAGUAAUCGGCUCCUUGAUCAUAUUGGCCAACUCACAUCUCCCCCUUUCUGCCGGGAAUCGAAUGCUGUUGGUGGCAGCUGGAUCUUGUCUCCAAAAUAAGGUCCUUUUCUCUUCUGAAUUUAUUUCCAAGUCGGUUUCCGUUGCUUCGGAGAUUGAUGCAAACAUCCGGAAGGCAAUUGAAAUGUCAGCCAGGUCGUCGGAGUCAUUCACUCAUACCAAUUAUUCCAGUUCUUUUGCAUUGGCUGUUUGUCGUAAGUAAUUUUAAUUUAAUUUAUUUUGUUCUUAGACUACAAUCGCUUCAAAAGAGAGAACCCGAAAGCCGAUGGGAGGAUAAUUGUCCUCAAUAUGUCUCCAGAAUCUCAUGCCGAACAAUCCAAACUGAUGAAUCUGUUUUUGGGAGCUCAACAACAGAAUCUUUGUAUUCAUGUGGCCUCUUUAUCCUUGACAAAUCCGAUGUUAAGACAAGCCAGUGAUGUGACCGGAGGAGUUCAUAGAGAGAUUCAGACGGUCGAUGACCUCCCUGAUUUCUUUACAGUAAGUGUGCAUGUCGUAUUCUUAUUUGGAGUUCUAGAGAUAUUGUUUGGGGAACUCAAAAGAAGCCCAGGACGCAUUUGCGAUCAAAAACUUCGAGAAGAUUGAUUACCAGGCCUCGUGUUUCUGCCACAAUCGGCCCGUCUCCUUGGGGUUCGUGUGUUCAGUAUGUCUGGCCGUUCAUUGUCAAUAUAUCCCGAUAUGUGUUGCAUGUGGAACGGCCUUCAAAGUGGCUCGAAAGAAGUAA